UUUCAAAAUAAAUAAAAUAGGUUAUAUUUAAUUUUUUAAUUAUAUACAAUGAAAAGAAAAUGUAUUUUCCUAUAGGAUGGCCAAAAGUGUUGAGAAUACCUGAAGUAAGUCAAUUUGAUCUCCAACAAGUAAGUUGUAAUAGAGACAGGGUUUUGUUUUCGAUAUCAACUGGAGAUAGUUUAGGCAUUUGGUUUUGUAAGCCAUGUGUACCCAUUGUGUAUCAUCAAAGAACUUCCAAGUCUUUGGAGAAAUUUGGGACAAAUGUAUUGGCAGAAUGGAAACCCGACUCAAGUAUGAUAGUUGUAGUGACCUCCGAAGGACACUUACUAUUCUACAAAAUCGGAGUAGCCUCUGAUCAGAAGGGACUUUAUAUGCAAACAGAUUCCCCUCAAGCAAAUUUGCGAAGAGAUACUGCCGAGUUAUUCAUCAAGGAAGUGAUUCCUUCACUUUUUCUAGAAUUGUGCAAUGAAGUAUUUGUUUGGGAUGGGAGAAUUACAGGAAUUGUUUGCAUAACUAUGAAUGAAUUUAUGGUAUCAACUUCUGAGGGUCAUGUACUCAGGUAUAGGUGGGAUGGGACACAGUACAGGGACUAUAAUUUAGAUUUGCGUAGAAUUCCAUUUUGUAUCAAUCAGCAAGUAUCAAAGGCAAUACCCAUUGUUGAGGAAAAUACUUUUAUUGUAGAUAUUGAUUAUUCUCCUCUGGUUGGAGGGUUUUCAAUUGUAUUAAAUGAUGGUAGAGCAGCUUUUUUAACAGCCUCUUCCUUAAAAUUUGAUCCAAAUCAAGUUCAAGGAAUUUGGGCUCAAGGUAUCGAAGAUGCAACUUGUACAAGAAUUAAUCAUAAGUACAGACUGAUUACUUUCGGGAGAGCUAAUUCUGAAUGUAUAGUAUAUCAUGUAGAUGAAAGUACUGGUGGUUUAGAAAUAUCUCAUAAUUGCCAAUUAAGCACUAAAGACUACCCAGGUUAUCCAGGUGAAAUAAACAACAUGCUUUGGACACCAGAUAGCUGUGCCCUCGUGGCUUCUUGGACUAAAGGUGGUAUAGUUAUAUGGUCUACGUUUGGUGCUCUUCUUAUGUGUUCUCUUGGUUGGGAUUAUGGACUUAAUGUUGACGUACAGAAAUCCAACCCAUUACAAAUAUUAUCCAUGGAAUUCGCCGCAGAAGGAUAUCAGUUAUGGUUUAUUCAAAAAAAGCCAUUGAAUAAUUAUAAACCUACAGAAGAUUCUGGAGACCAGGAAAAGUUUGAGACAAGUUUACUUCAAAUGGAUUUUGUUAAAAGUGCUCUUGCUGCGAAUCCUUGCAUGAGUCACCAAAGUCAUUUGUACCUCCAGGGCGAAGAUAAGUUAUAUGUCAAUUCGGUUGACACUUUGUUGAAAAUAUUUUCAGAAAAAACAAGCAAGGAUGAAGGUUUGCUUGGAGAAUAUGAAUCUUUAGCAGAGGGAAGACAAUGGUUGAUAAUUUCCGUCCCCUCAGCUUAUUCUGGAACAAACUGGCCGAUAAGAUACUCGGCCAUUGACACCAACGGAUCAAAUAUAGCGAUAGCUGGAAGAACCGGCGUGGCUCAUUAUUCGUUACAAACAAGAAAAUGGAAACUUUUUGGUAACGAAACACAGGAAAAAGAUUUCGUAGUAACUGGGGGUUUGUUGUGGUGGAGAGAUUACAUGGUCAUGGGCUGUUACAGUAUAAUUGAAAAUGCAGAUCAACUCCGAUUUUAUCCUAGAGAGGCAAAGUUAGAUAAUAAAUUUGCAAAAAUUUUAGACGUGACAUCGUCGGUUCUGCUAAUCAAUAUCCUACAGAAUAACUUAAUCACCUUUGGUACUGACAAUCAAGUUUGCAUUUGGCUGUUGAAACAGCAUGAUACAGCUGGAAAAGUUGAUGUAUCAAGAGUACAACUUAUUGAUAUUUCAUCUCUUGCGCCCCAUUCUGCUUGUAUUGCUUCAAUUACAUUAACCUCCCUAAGGACUGAAAUAGGACGUGGCCAACAACAGUACGCUGAAAGUAUGGUUGUUAAUGUGAGUGGUCGAUUAUUACUAGUCCAAAGAGAAGUUUCCAAUGAGAAUAGAUAUACGUGCUCCAUGCCAACAGUUCUUGCAAGCUGUGUAGAGAAUGUUUGGGUUCCUGCGAGAAGACAACAAGAUAAGGUCCACCUGACUGAAGCUCUGUGGUUAUUUUGUGGAUCACACGGUAUGAGAGUAUGGUUACCACUAUACCCAAGAGACAAAGAUAAAGGUCAUACAUUCAUGUCCAAGAGAAUAAUGUUACCGUUCCACCUAAAAAUAUACCCGUUAGCAAUAUUAUUUGAAGAUGCUAUAAUUUUGGGAGUAGAAAAUGACACAGUCCUCUAUUUGUCCGAUGCAAUGACGCCAUUCUCCUUACCUUUCAGUGUUCUUGAAAGAACUAGCCAGGUUUAUCUUCAUCAAAUACUGAGGCAGUUGAUCAGGAGAAAUUUGGGUUAUCAUGCCUGGGAAAUAGCUAGAAGUUGCAUGAGUUUACCAUAUUUUCCCCAUUCUUUGGAACUUUUAUUACAUGAGGUAUUAGAAGAGGAAGCAACGAGCAAGGAGCCAAUUCCAGAUGCUCAGUUACCUAGUGUUAUUGAAUUUAUUAUGGAGUUUCCAGUUUAUUUGCAAACAGUUGUUCAGUGUGCUAGAAAAACAGAAAUAGCUCUUUGGCCAUACCUAUUCUCGGCAGCAGGGAAACCUAAAGAUCUUUUUCAAGAGUGCAUGACGAAGGGAGAAUUGGACACUGCUGCAUCAUAUCUGAUAAUUCUGCAGAAUCUAGAGACCUCUUCAGUCAGUCGACAAUACGCCACCCUACUUCUAAAUACAGCUUUGGAUCAGUCAAAAUGGGAAAUAGCUAAAGACUUAGUUCGGUUCCUAAGAGCAAUUGAUCCGAAUGAUGUAGAAUCUCCAAGAAAUUCAUUCAUUUUACCCGUCAAGUUGGGUUUGCCACCCCAGACACCCCCAGUGGCUGCGAAUGCAGAGGAUAUUUCAUUAGUUUUGGGAAAUGUAAAAGGUCCUAGAGUUCGGAGUUUUAGUACAACAGUAUCUCCUAAAUUGUCCAGUAACAAUAUGUCUAAUGUGAAUUCCAUAUCUGAAACUCUGUCAGGUGUAAGGAAGAAGUCGGUACCUAACUCUGGUGAAACUAAAAGCGAAGUGAAGGCUUCUGGAGGUUCCUCCGCAGAAGAGUUUUUUAUUGAUGUUAUACUACAGAAACAUGCGAGAAGGUUGCUUUCUAGUCAGCAUCUGAUUGAUUUAGGAUAUUUCGCAGCUCAUUUGGAUUUCCAUUUAGUUACCUGGUUGGCUAAGGAACGUGAUCGUGCCGCAAAAAUUGAUGAUUUUGUUGCGGCUUUCAAAAAACUCCAUUAUGAUUUUGAAUGGCCUUAUCCGAGUGUCACUAUUACUGCUACCGAUAAUACAUCAGCACCUCAGUCGCCUUCCGAUAGUGUGAAUUCCAACAUAGCGGACUAUUUGAAAGCAUUAAAAUUAGACGUUGAUCAUUAUUUGAAUGUUUCGAGCAGAGUGGGAGAUAGCGGUUAUAUGAGCUUUCAAGGACAACCUUACUCGGGGCUUACAGGACAAAUGGACACAAAUGAAAUAUCAAGUCAGACAGUAGGUACAGAAAUUGAGGAACUUGAUAAUGUAGGUAGUGACCAUGAAAUCCAAGAAGAAGUGACCAUGUGUGCCAAAACUCAAAUUCAGCAAGAAACCCCUCCUUGCACUUCAACAUUGACUAAAAAUGAUUUAUUUGGUGGGACUCUCAAUUUGAGACAAAAAACUACAGAAUUUCCUUCACAUGUCGCUGGAUCUGUAACAAGUCAAUCGAGUUCUACUUUGAGAGACGAAAAGGAUCUGUCGGAUUCUUUCAGUACUGAGAAUUGGGAAAUUCCUUCUUCUCAAAUUUUGGAACACCUAGCGAAAUCUGGGGGCAGGGGUAAUCAUAAAUCUGAGGUGCAGUUAAGGUAUUUGUUACAAUUAUUUUUGGAAGCAAGUUGUCUGGAGUGGUCUUUAUUGAUAUCUAUUUUGCUCAGAGAUGCUAUGGCAGUGGUUCGAACUGUGAAUGCUGCUAAAUCUUCAGAUCAAUCAAUUGAAUCAGUUACAAGACUAAGACAACAUUUAUUGUUGCUCCAUUAUUGGACCAAUACAGAAUGUUUGGCCUAUCGCACCUUCAUGUUAGCCAUACAAAAUCAAAUUUCCGUCCUGACGAAAAUACUCACAACAAAACACCAACAACAGCAAAUCGUCGAAUAUCAGCAAGCUCUCACAGCUACCUUGAAGAAAUCGUCACCUCCAUCCUCGAGUAGAUCUCGCCAUAAUAGUACAAAUCAAGAUAACCUUAGUCAUGGUUCUAAAAAAGAUAGUUUUGUUAGUGCUAAUGAGAAAAAGCUCAAUGAAAUUAUUGUACAGAAUUCUGUAGAAGAAGAACGACUGAGUGAUUCCACUAAUGAGGACACAUCUGAUGGUAGAGGUUGUAAUAUAUCAUAAUUUUUUUUAUUUAUAUUUUGUUGUACUCAUAUUCAUAUUUUAUAUCUUGUUUUUGGUUGUAGAAUAUGUAGGUUGAUAUUCAAUUGUCAAUAUCGAUUUUUAUUUUUUUUUACUUGUUUUAUAGGUAUGAAAAAUAUUCCAUUUUGUUCCCAAGCAGUAGCAAAUUGUAAAAGAGUUUAAUGCAUUUUAUUUUAAUUCUACAUCCACAAUGAAAAAUGAGAAUUGAUUUCAUUGAAAAUAUGUUUACGACUGUUAUAACUUACAAAUUAUUAUAUUCAAUAGGAAUCAUGUGAAGCAUUCAUGACAACGAUCAAUAGAAUAUAAUUUGUAUUCACAAUGAAAGCUGAUGACGCAUUCCUAAUUUUAUAAUGAUCAUAAUCCAGAAAUUUUGUUUGAUUAAAAUCAAAUAUUGAAAACUUAUUCUAUGAGAUGUUGAAACAAAGAGUCCUAGUUGUUGAGAAGAAUAACGUCUUGAAUUUUUUUUUAUUCGCGUGGAAAACUGGAAAAGAAAGUCACCCUCUAAGUUACUCGCUUAUUUAUUGCACUAUCCAUAUUUUCACCACUAAAUGGUUGAUUUGGAUAGAGAAUAUAAUGCGAUAUUCAAAAUCUAAUGAGAUUCGUUAGCAUAGGCCACUAUAACAAAUUGUCAAAAUCGUCGUUGAUGUUGGUUACCGUCGUACAGGCAAACUUUUGUACACACCGGCUGUAAGAAACACUAUGCCUGUCCCAAACCAACGACUUUGAAAAUUCGAUCGAGGGCCCCGUAUGUUUAGGGAGUGAAGGAAAAAAUCAUGGGAAUAUAAUGAAAUAACAAAAUAUCUCAAGGAAUCAUUUUGCUACUGCAUUUUGACCACUAAUGAUUUAGCUAACAUUUUGCUCUAUAUGUAAUAUUAUAAAAAUUACAUUUUGAAACAAUAACUUCAACCUAUUCCUUUAAUAAAUGUGAUAGCAAUCAAGAUAGCGGUAAGAAAAGACAUUUAUUAUUCCAUUGAGGUUUGAUGCAAAAUGUUCUUUUCUACAUUUUAUUGAUAAGUUGAAUGGAACAGUUCUGUUAUUAUUUCAUAUAGAUUUGUAUUAGAGGGAGUAUCGGAUCUUGUACUGAUAUUUUGAAACUUUUACCUUCAUUAAAAGCUACUAAGACUUUCUUCUAA